AUGACUCUACAAGAAUCUGAUAAAUUUGCUACCAAGGCCAUCCAUGCCGGUGAACAUGUCGACGUUCACGGUUCCGUCAUUGAACCCAUUUCUUUGUCAACCACUUUCAAACAAUCUUCUCCAGCUAACCCUAUUGGUACUUACGAAUACUCCAGAUCUCAAAAUCCUAACAGAGAGAACUUGGAAAGAGCAGUUGCCGCUUUAGAGAACGCUCAAUACGGGUUGGCUUUCUCCUCUGGUUCUGCCACCACCGCCACAAUCUUGCAAUCGCUUCCUCAGGGCUCCCACGCGGUCUCUAUCGGUGAUGUGUACGGUGGUACCCACAGAUACUUUACCAAAGUCGCCAACGCUCACGGUGUGGAAACUUCAUUCACUAACGAUCUGUUGAACGAUCUACCUCAAUUGAUAAAGGAGAACACCAAAUUGGUUUGGAUCGAAACUCCAACCAACCCUACUUUGAAGGUGACCGACAUUCAAAAGGUCGCAGACCUUAUCAAGAAGCACGCUGCCGGCCAAGACGUCAUCUUGGUUGUCGACAACACUUUCUUGUCCCCAUAUAUCUCCAACCCAUUGAAUUUCGGUGCGGACAUCGUUGUCCAUUCCGCUACAAAGUACAUCAACGGUCAUUCAGACGUUGUGCUUGGUGUCCUGGCCACUAAUAACAAGCCAUUGUACGAGCGUCUGCAGUUCUUGCAAAACGCCAUUGGUGCCAUCCCAUCUCCUUUCGAUGCUUGGUUAACUCACAGAGGUUUGAAGACUUUGCAUCUACGUGUCAGACAAGCUGCCGUCAGCGCCAUCAAGAUCGCUGAGUUCUUGGCAUCAGACAAGGAAAACGUUGUCGCAGUCAACUACCCAGGUUUGAAAACACACCCUAACUACGACGUGGUGUUGAAGCAACACCGUGACGCCCUUGGUGGUGGUAUGAUCUCCUUCAGAAUCAAGGGUGGUGCUGAAGCCGCUUCCAAGUUUGCCUCUUCUACAAGACUGUUCACAUUGGCCGAGUCUCUUGGUGGUAUCGAAUCUCUACUGGAGGUGCCCGCUGUUAUGACCCAUGGUGGUAUUCCAAAGGAAGCCAGGGAGGCCUCUGGUGUUUUUGACGACUUGAUCAGAAUCUCCGUCGGUAUUGAAGACACUGAAGAUCUUUUGGAAGACAUCAAGCAAGCUUUGAAGCAAGCCACUAGCUAA